AACUGCAGUCACCAACGCCAGAUUAGGUUAGGUUAGGUUGAGUUAAGUUCGACAACACCUGACAACACCAUUGUCGGCGAAAAUAUUGACAGCUGAUUCCAUUACACGUGCUUCACUCGAAAUUUUCGUCAAUAAUGGUUUACUAUUUCACAAGCGAAGUUGUACAGCCAACCGUUACGUUAUUUAUGGGAAUUGACAAAUACGAGAAUGAGGAUCUUAUUAAGUGGGGCUGGCCAGAAGAUGUAUGGUUUCAUGUUGAUAAAUAUUCGUCCGCCCAUGUGUAUCUUCGAUUACGACAUGGUCAGACAAUAGACGACAUUCCUAGUACUGUAUUAGAAGAUGCAGCACAGUUAGUAAAAGCAAAUAGCAUUGAGGGAAAUAAAAUGAACGAUAUUGACGUCGUGUAUACAAUGUGGUCGAAUUUGAAGAAGACACAAGGUAUGGAAGUCGGUCAAGUUGGCUUUCACAAGGACAAGGACGUUCGUAAAAUUCACGUUGCUAAACGAAUGAAUGCUAUCGUGAAUCGACUUAAUAAGACGAAACGUUCGGAGCAAGUAAACUUUAGAGCCGAGAGAGAACAGAGAGAUAAGAAUGAACGAGAGGACAAAAAGAAACUUUUGAGAGAGCAGAAGGAGAAAGAAAAGGCAGAGGAAAAACGACGUCAGGAGGAAGCGGAAAUGAGGAGCUAUAAUUCCCUGUUCAACACAUCCAAUAUGACUUCAAACACAGAAACCAGUGGAUAUGAUUCAGACGAUUUUAUGUGAUGACGCUAAUACUUAUAGCGCACGCUUCAUUCUCCAGUAAGAUACACAAAGUGAGAAAAUUCCAAAAUAAAAAGUGUAAAAUAUCUUUUUCAAAUAUAAGUAUUUAUUUGAUUUAUAAUGGUUCUUCUUUUCAAAUAUUGUUCUUGCUAAAUUGUAGAUGUUUCUAUGACACGUGAAUCAAUUCAAAAUGAAUCAAACAUAUAUAGUUCUUACAUAAAUACUUAGAAGAAGUUCGCAAGUACUUAGAUAUCUUACUGUAAUUUCAAUGCAAUGAGAAAAAUAAAUUUUAGAAAUAA